UCAAGCUGCAUUACAGGUGCCUCCACACAUCAUGGGAAUAAUCAUUUUGCUGUUUGGGUUGUUAGUCCUGAUGGAUCCAGGCAACGCUCUUAGCUGCUACAACUGUAUGGGUGAGAAAGGAUGUAAAGGAAAAGUGACCUGCCAUGGGGAAAAUGCCACCUGUAGCACAUCAGUCCUCACAAUAUCUUCCUUUCCCCUUUCCUAUAGAAGUGUCUCUAAAUCCUGCCUUAAUACACCAAUACCCUCGAGAGCAUCUUUUUUUUCCCCAAGUCGAACAGUGAGAUUUUCCCUGCAGGAGACGACAUGCAGCUCUGACCUCUGCAACAAUCAGACCAAAUUCGAUUUCGUGGAACGAAUAAAUAAUCUCAACUGCUUUAGCUGCAUCUCGCCUGGGAAGAACUGUGACAGUGAUAUGAUGCGGGAGCUGUCGUGCCGCGGAGAGCAGAAACAGUGUGUGGAUAUGAGAAUUAAAGGGACAUUGGGUGACAUUUCAGACACCAAUCUUAAGGGAUGUGGCAAUUUCCCAGCGUGUAAAAGUGACCUUCGCUUCUCUAACCAAAAUACUUCUCUGUCAGUACAGUGCUGUGGAGACAACUUUUGUAACAGUCAGACAGAUUACCCUAAUCAAGAUAAAUUGCCCAAUGGAAAAGAAUGUUAUAGCUGUCAGACAGACAAUGGCAAAAAGUGUUCCGCAGACAAUUCCCAGAAGAUCAAGUGCUAUGGAGAUCUCACUUCCUGCAUGGAAAUAGCAGGCGUGAGUGUGCAAGGUGGGACACCGAACGUUAUGAUUUUAAAAGGAUGUGCCAACCCUGCUCUGUGCAAAAGCUCAGCCCUGCCCCUCCUACAAAAGUUAAACAACGCCUCUAUACAAUGCUGCAAUGGAACUCUUUGUAACAACAAAUUUACAGAAAACAAUUUCCUUAUUGAUGGAUAUCCUCCUAUUAAAACUGCACCAACGAGUAACCCUCUCAACACACCAACAGCUACUUCACCAGUUAUGAAUAUUAAUAGUAGUAGUGUGAACAAUAGCAUUACUUCUACUAGUUCCCCUAAAACGAAUCCAGGGGUUUUCAGCAAUAAUUCAGGUCCUGUUAGCAACAGUACAUUACAUAACACAAGCCUAACCACCCAAAACAAUACAAGUGUCCAAAGCAGCCCCUUGCCUACAGUUAAUAAUGGACUGGUCUACAAUGGUACUGUCAACGGCACAAACAAUGCUUUGCCAGGAGGCAACAAUGGAUCUUCUGUGAAUGGGAGUAGUAAUGUAGGCAAUGCCAGUGUCUCUACUGUGUCCUCACCCCCAUUACUUAACCCUGGUGGGGGUAACGGCAGCAUCUGUAACAGUAGCUCAUGUAGUCUGAUUGUGCCUGUACCAGUCAAUAGCAGUGCAUCUGGCGCUGGUAACAUGUCAUCUGGAGCCAACAAUGUAGGGAAUGGAAGUAAUAAUACAAUCAAUUUAGGCAGUUCUAGUCCCUCCAAUACAUCAUCCUCUUUAUCUAACAGUGGGGCGGUCAAUAACAGUGCUGCUAAUAUCCGAGGCAGCAACGGCACUGCAAGUGGCCUAAAUCAAUCUGGACCAGUAAUCACUGGUAUUGGGGGCAUUCUUACUGGAACCAAUGCUUCAGCUAAUGGGAGUAGUACUACUGGUAAUGUCAAUGGUUCUUAUGUGCCCAUCGGAUCACCUUUGCCAAAUCUCCCAAUCAUUAAUGGCACUGCCUUUAACAACAGUGUAAAUGGCUCUAAUCCCGGUAUCGGUAAUGUUGGGGGAGUUGUUACUGGAGGCAGCCCUUCAGCUAAUGGAAGUAGUACUACUGGUAAUGUUAAUGGUUCAUAUGUGCCCAUCGGAUCAUCUUUGCCAAAUAAGCCCAUCUUUAAUGGCACUACCUCUAACAACAGCACUGCCAACAGUCUAAAUGGCUCUAGUUCAGGUACUGGUAAUGCUGGGGGAGUUGUUAAUGGAGCCAGCCCUUCAGCUAAUGGGAGUAGUACUACUGGUAAUGUCAAUGGUUCUUAUGUGCCAAUCGGAUCACCUUUGCCAAAUCUCCCCAUCAUUAAUGGCACUGCCUUUAACAACAGUGUAAAUGGCUCUAAUACUGGUAUCGGUAAUGUUGAGGGAGUUCUUACUGGAGCCAGCCCUUCAGCUAAUGGUAGUAGUACUACUGGUAAUGUCAAUGGUUCUUAUGUGCCCAUCGGAUCACCUUUGCCAAAUCUCCCCAUCAUUAAUGACACUGUCCUUAACAACAGUGUAAAUGGCUCUAAUGCUGGUAUCGGUAAUGUUGGGGGAGUUCUUACUGGAGCCAGCCCUUCAGCUAAUGGAAGUAGUACUACUGGUAAUGUCAAUGGUUCUUAUGUGCCCAUCGGAUCACCUUUGCCAAAUUUCUCCAUAAUUAAUGGCACUGCCUUUAACAACAGUGUAAAUGGCUCUAAUACUGGUAUCGGUAAUGUUGGGAGAGUUGUAACUGGAGCCAGCCCUUCAGCUAAUGGAACUAGUACUACUGGUAAUGUUAAUAGUUCAUAUGUGCCCAUCGGAUCACCUUUGCCAAAUCUCCCCAUAAUUAAUGGCACUGCCUUUAACAACAGUGUAAAUGGCUCUAAUACUGGUAUCGGUAAUGUUGGGGGAGUUCUUACUGGAGCCAGUCCUUCAGCUAAUGGAAGUAGUAUUGCUGGUAAUGUUAAUAGUUCAUAUGUGCCCAUCGGAUCAUCUUUGCCAAAUAAGCCCAUCAUAAAUGGCACUACCUCUAACAGCAGCACUGCCAACAGUUUAAAUGGCUCUAGUUCAGGUACUGGUAAUGCUGGGGCAGUUGUUACUGGAGCCAGCCCUUCAGCUAAUGGAAGUAGUACUACUGGUAAUGUCAGUGGUUCUAAUGGGACAUCUUUGCCAGUUAACACCAUCAUUAACGGCACUAGUAACAGCAGUGGCAUAAAUGGCUCUGGCAUCGUAGGUAGUGUAUCAAAUCCAGUUCAGUCUCCCCCUGGGUCGAGCAAUGGCAGUAGCCCUGGUUUAUCUUCAAUGGACAAUUCUACAAGUACAAAUGUUAAUGAUGGAGCUGGUAAUGGCAGCAGUGUGAAUGGCUCCAGCAAUGGCAGUAGCCCUGGUUCUUCUUCAACGGGCAAUUCUACAAAUACGAAUGUUGACAGUCCUUGGAACCGUAAUGCAAGUACAUCUUCAGAGGGUCUCACUACUGGAGAUUCCUCUAAUGUCAACACAUCUCAUAUUCCCAAAAUCGAUGGCAAUGACCAGACAACACCCGACAAAGGUGAUACAUUUACUACCAAUUUAUUUAUCCUUCUGACCGCCAUGCUGCUUAAUGUAUUGAACGGCUUGUGA